AACCGUUACAGCGCCACCUGCUGUUUGGCAGUUUUAGCAUCAGGCUAACGCUGUCGUUGUUUGUUUCGAGCUUGAGAGCCAUGGACGGUAUAUAUUCAUAGAAUAGCAGAAUAUGACACUCUACUACAACUAAAUAUAUGAGUACCUUCGCUGUGACUUUUUCGCUAUUAUUUUAAACGCUGCUGUAACCGGGUGACAUGGCAACCGGAGGCGCUCCGUUUGAUGAUGGUGCAGAAGAGUUGCACAACUGGACAGCACCCAAUGGCAGCCUGGAGGACAGACUGAACAACAUGAACUGGGGGAUCCAGCAAAAGAAGGCUAACCGGUCAUCAGAGAAGAACAAGAAAAAGCUGUCGGCAUCAGUGGUGGAGAGCCGACUGACUAAUGAUAUUUCACCGGAGUCCACGCCGGGGGUGGGCCGCAAGAGAGCUCGCACUCCUCAAUCCUAUCCCCAUAUCAAAUACACUACCCAAAUGUCUGUUCCUGACCAGGCUGAACUGGACAAGCUACGCCAGAGGAUAAAUUUUACAGAUCUGGAUGAGAGGAGCAUUGGCAGUGACUCCCAAGGACGCGUUACAGCUGCCAACAACCAGCGGCAAAUGGCUGGAGAGAACAAGAAGCCGUACAACUACCUGCCUCUGCAUGUCAACACUAACAAAAGCAAACAGCUGCUCCAUCCCUCAGCUUCUGCACCAACUACCCCAGCUACCUCCAAGGAAAUGAAAAAGCAAAGUCCUGGGCGCAGGGAAACAUCAAGUUCUGCUGUUCCUCACAAGGAGUCUUCAAGGAUGAGUCAUGGUGGACCAGAGAGAGAGCUUCUAAUGGAGAGAGAGUAUGAGAGACAAGAACCAAGAGUAGACAGCAGCCAGGUGGUGAGCAAGCUGGUGCAGAUUCGGGACUACAUCAGUAAAGUCAGCGCCAUGAGGGACGAUCUGGUGGAAAAGAAUGACGUUCCAGCCAAUGUUGAGCGUCUCUCUUACCUCAUUGACAACCUCAAGGAGCAGGAGAAGUCCUAUUUACGGUUCUUGCAGAAAGUGCUUGCCCAUGAGAAUGACUGUGAUUUGGGGACUCUGGAUUCUGCUGUCGGCUCAGGGUCGCUGGCAGAGAGCUCUUCUCUAAACAUAGAAGUUCAGUCUUCAGAUGCUUCAAAUACAGCAGGUGGCAGGACAGAAGCUGUUGGUGCUGACCAGAAGGAAGAGCUGGAGAAUCUGCGGAAGCAGCAUGAGCUGCUGAAGAAGAUGCUAGAGCAGCAGGAACAGCUUAGGGCCCUUCAGGGACGACAGGAGGCACUAAUGGCCAUGCAACAAAGUGCUGAACAUGCUCUGGCUGUGAUUGAAGACACAGUUGUGACAGAAACAACCGGCAGUGUUUCUGGCCUGAGCAUCACAUCAGAACUAAAUGAGGAGUUAAAUGAUUUGAUUCAGCGUUUCCACAACCAGCUGCAUGAAUGUCAGACUAAAAUGGUGCCAGAUAACCGGCGUCAGGCACAGAGUCUUUCCCUCUCUGGAGAGGUGUCCUUGUCCUGGUCCCGCCCACACCACACUGUCGGCCCUCCUCAACACAGGCCGCUCCUUCACUCUGCUUCUGGCCCCCAUGCCGACCUAGACACCGGCGAAGUGACUGCCAGUGCCAAACUCACUAAGUUACAGGAGCUUCAAGACAAGAAGCAAACCAUGGACAAGAUCCUGCAAGAGUUGCAUUCACUACGAGACCAGACCCUGAACAAUAACUCAUGUCGUGGCUUGUCAGCACAGUUCAGUCCAAAUAGAGGACUCUCUGCAGAUCACCCAUCAGCUUUCUGCUCAAACACGGCCUCAACCUCUUCUUCCUUUCAGCCUUUGUUCUCACAGCAGGAGAGCUCUGGGUCAGCUGACAAGCUAAGGAAGCUAAAAGAGGUCCAUAAGCGCCUUAAUGAACUGAGGGAGUUGGUUCAGUACUAUGAGCAGACUUCUGAUAUGAUGGUGGAUGCUGUCAAUGAGAAUGUAAAGGAGGCUGACGAUGAUGAUGAUGAGGAGGAAGAUGAGACAGAGGAUGGAUCAAUGUUUGAAACGGUGUUUGAGUUGGAGCAUGAGAAUCACCAGCCUGUCGCAAAUAUUAGAAACCAGCAGCGUAGCGGAAACUGGGCAGACUUAAACAGCCUGACCAAUGGACGCAGUGUCAGGAGUGGCUCAACAAACAACCAGGAGGGGAGACUCAACACCGAGUGUGAAAUCAACAACCGGGCAGCCGCCAACCUCCGCAGCCUCAAAGUCACCACACCCAUAGAGUGCCAGUACAACAGGGACCUUCCCUAUGACCAGGUAAAGGAUGAAGAUGAUGACGAGGAUGGCCUUGAUAACAAUGAAGGGGCACAUGCCAUGCUUCCAGACAGUGUGUCAGAGUCUAGUCGAGGUAGCAGCUUUGGGAGCGGCGCUGGUUUUCCUGCCAAGGUUCACCGCCAGACAGCAAAGCAGAAACUGAGGCAGCUACAGGAGCUGGUGGCCAUGGUUCAGAGUGAUGACACCGAUGGAACAACAGCAAAUGAUGAUGAAGCUUUACAUCAGCAGCCAAAUAACACCAGAGCACCUGUGUGUGGGGCCUCCAAGGGUGGAUCCAAACAGGGUCCUGGAGAUAUUGCACUUACCAGCAAGGCCAGGGAAAAGUUGUAUGAGGAAAAGUUGCGUCAGCAGAAGCAGGAGUUGAGGCAGCUCCACGAAGAGCGACAGAGACUGAUUGAAAUCCAAGGCAAGAUCCAGGACCUGCAGUGGACCUGCCCAGACCAUCUGUCGUCUGUGUCCAGCACAGCCAGUCAGCAGGGUCUGCUAAGAAAGGCUCCAGUUGCGGUUUCCACUCCGGCUAAUGUCAAACCUUCAUCUUCUGGACCUAAAACCAACUUAGCCAUGCUCAAACCCACUGCUCCAGAGGCAGCUUCUUCUUCUGUCACUGACAAUGAGCUUUGGUCAGAAAUGCGGCGGGGACAGAUUUUACGAGAAGAUCUGAGACAGCGGAGGAAGCACCUGGAGUCACUGAUGGCUGAACAUCAGAGGCGUAGUGGUCACUGUGACUCUCCCUGUCCAAUGGAAGACCAGGAGGGUAGCGCUACACUGUCACACUCUAUUAACAGGGAUGAAAGAACAAUGGCCACAUGGGGUUCCAGUCCUUGCAACCUAGAUGAUGAUGAUGAUGAUGAGGAAGAGGAUGAUUAUCGCUCAGAGAUAUGUGCUGAGGAGGAGGAGGAGCAGGAAGAAUGUACAGAAAGUGGCUCAGAGGAUGACAUCCAUGUGUACAGCCAGCGCUCCUUUAUUAAAAGGAAGAAUCAAGGAAGCAAUCUGAAGCCUCCAGCAGGCUUUUCUGGUGACGUUGAGGGUCAUCUACAUAAUGAGACAAAGGUCAAACAGCAGACCAGUAGUUUCAACCAGUCCUCAAGCCAGUCUGGGGGUAUUCGUCGACAGGAGAACCUGCGCUGGGCCUCUGAGCUCUCCUUCGCCGAGGGCACAUCUCACUGGCAAGAGCAGAUAAACCAGCUCCAGAGACAGUUGGACUUCAGCACCAGCAUGUGUCAAACUCUCCUGCAGGACCAGCAGACACUAUCAUACAUGCUACAAACUCUACUGACGGGUCAAUACAACACCCUUCCAAACAACGUGUCAUCCCCUCAAGUCCAGCUGGUGAUGCAUCAGCUUAACCAGUGCUACACCCAGCUCGCUUGGCAGCAAAACAAUGUUCAAAGACUAAAACAGGUCCUGAAUGAUCUCAUUCGGCAGCAGGCCUCUUCCUCCUCAGCAGCAGGUUGGCAGACACAGAAACAGAGCUCUGCUCGGGAAUCCAGUCCAGGACCCUCAGCCUCUCCUGGCUUCUUCCUUCCCUUCUCCUCUGCAAUGAACCCUUCGACUGUCAACAUGGCAAACCCUUCCUUAUCUCCAUUCUCUCCCAGCUUCAACCUGUAUCCCACCUUCCCUGGUGCCAUGAGCGAUUUGCCUCUGGGUGCAGAAGGUACAGCUUCAUCUGAACAUCAAAAAAGGGAUCAGAACACAUCAAUGAAAACGGAGUACAUGGGUUUUCCUCCUCCUCUACAUCGCUCUCCUCUUAACACGGCAACAGAAAGACGAUCUGGGACACGACUGAACACCUCCUACACAAACAACAUAACACAACACUCCCUGUCUAAAACAGAGCUGCAAGAGUCUCCUUCCUCAUCCCCUACUUUUAACAAAUACCAAUCAAGGCCGCAGGAGUUUGACAAGGCAUCACAGGAAAGCUUCUGCAGUAUUCCUGACCCUGUUGAUCCCGCCACAGUCACUAAGACCUUCAAGGCUGGUAAAAAAGCCUCGGCUCAAGCAAACUUGGCUUCUUGGAGCAAAACUCCCAAAAAUAGACGCAGCAGGAAGAGCAAAGGACACAAGAACAGUGAAGGCCAUGAUAGUGACAGCUAUAGCAGCACUGCAGAAUCUGUCCAGGAGAGGGCAGCCUCGUCACAUCAUAAAGACCAGAACCAGGCUUUGUUGGACAAACUGACUCAAGAAAAACUGGACAGCAAGACGAAGGUCGGAAGCAAGCGAAAUGACCUCUCCUCUGCUUAUGCUUGGAGAACACCCUUCCUCUCUAACAGAAUUGCAUGCACAGAAGCACCAGAUGCUAGCAGUGACUUCUCCUUGUUUGAGGCUCUGCGGGAAACGAUCUACUCGGAGGUGGCAACGUUGAUAUCCCAAAAUGAGUCCAGACCUCACUUUCUAAUUGAGCUUUUCCACGAGCUGCAGCUACUCAACACAGACUAUCUACGCCAAAGAGCUCUCUAUUCUCUACAGGACAUAGUGACCAAGCACCUGGCAGUGAGGCGUGCAGCGGAGGAUCAGUUGCCCCCUCUUGGCUCUGUUGUUUGGACAGCAGGCUCUCAGUCUGAGCUUACGCCGAGCCAGAGUCUGAUCACCAGUGAUGAAGAGGUGUUGGAGAAGAACUUGAGGCAUGCUCAGGACCUAAAGAGGAGAGAAGAUGCAGAAUCUGUUGAUAAUGACAGCAACAUGUCCACCUCUUCCAACCUGGAACCGUUUGCUAAUGAUGACCUUGGCAACACGGUGAUUCAUUUAGACAAAGCUCUGGCAAGGAUUAGGGAGUAUGAGCGCAUGAAGCUUAAAGCCGAGUUUAACCCCUGCAAUGCCAGCACUGCAGGCGCAAACAGGUCUGAAUUGACAAAUGCUAAUGGUGCUUCAUCUAACCCUGCUGAACCAGUGGAAGAAAGUGCAGCCAAUGGUGUGCACUGCCCUCAGAUUGACACCCAGCAGCUGGACCGGCAGAUAAAAGCCAUCAUGACAGAGGUCAUUCCCUUCCUCAAGGAAAAUAUGAACGAGGUGUGUUCGCAUCAGCUGCUGACAUCCGUCCGCCGUAUGGUGUUGACGCUCACUCAGCAAAAUGAUGAAAGCAAGGAGUUUGUUCGCUUUUUCCACAAACAGCUUGGAGGCAUACUGCAGGAAUCUCUUAGUAAGUUUGUGGGCCGUACUCUAAAGGACUGCGGGGAGGACCUGUUGGUGGAGAUUUCAGAGAUACUCUUCAAUGAGCUAGCCUUCUUUAAGCUGAUGCAGGAUUUGGACAGCAGCAACUCCACCACCAACCUGGGAGCAAAAUACAAAAAUAAGAGAAAAGUCUCACAGAUUUGUAAAACAAGAGACCAAGAGCAGAACACAGAAGCUGGUGCUGCUAAAUCUGUUUCUCCAGCAUUUGCUGAUGAAGACAAGGAUCAAGAUGAAACAGAAAAAGAAGGCUCUGCUUCCCUCCAGGAGACGUAUCUACAGAGAGAGGUGAGGAGCAACGGAGGCAGUGAAACCUCAGAAGGUGAAGAGGAUGAAGGAUGUAUAAAAGGGGUUCCUCUAUCAAUCAGUCUUUCCAAAGCAGAGAGUCAGGCUCUGACGAACUACGGCAGCGGCGAGGAUGAAAACGACGAGGAGGAAAUGGAGGAGUUUGAAGCUGGGCCUGUAGAUGUUCAAACAUCUCUGCAGGUUUUAGCUAAUGGAUGUGCAGAGCAGGAAAUCAGCACUAUGGCAACAACUAGCUGUGAGGCGCAGAAGACAAAUCCUGAACAGAACAGUUCAGAAAAUAAUGAGAUCAGUAAUUCAGCUGAGACCUCGGAUCCCUCAGAUGGAGAACACACUCUUGUGGAGCAGCAGGAAGUUGGGGCUUCUGCUGCCGAGGGGAACUCUGAAAUAUCUCAAGACGUUCCCAAGGAGCCCAGCAGCAGCAGCAGCCCCAACACAGACUCACCUGUUCUUGUUAAUGUUGAUGAGAUCGGAUCCGGAAACACAAGUCAAAAGUCUGAUGAAGAGGACUUUGUCAAAGUGGAUGACUUACCUCUGCAGCUCACAGUGAUGUGUGAGGAGGAGCUUCAGAAGAGAAUAGUAGAGGAGCAGCACAAUAACAACCUCUCUGUGGAGAUCCUGAACAGCAACACUGAACUGCUAACUGGGCUGGUGGGAAAUGCACAGGAGCUGAAGGAACCAGAGACUGCUGAUGCCCAGAAUGUAUAAAGAAAGCUACAGAUCUCAUCCCACCUUCAGUGUUUUUGCUUUUUUCUAAUCUGCUCAUUUAAAGGAGCAAAGUUACGAGUUAGCUGUGAAUCUUUAAAGCUCAACACUAUUUGUUCAUUUUCAUGUUGGUUUUUUUUUCUCUGUUAUGCAUGAAACACUGGAGAGAAAGUUAUUCAAUUUAUUCUCAACCCUUGUUGAUAAAAUAAAUGCUUCCGGUGUUUUGUUUUUUUCGCUUUAUG